UCAUGGCACUGUUAUGUAAUAAUGUUGUGUAGAUGUAAUGUUCUUUGCCUAUACAUAAUUUAAUAUAUAUAGCGUUCUUAAAUUAAUUGAACUUUGUUUAUUAUUUCAUAGUUUUUAAAAACGUUUUCCCUGGUUAUAAACCUCAAAUCACUCUUUCUGCUGCAAGCUGUAGGGCAGACUGGGGGCAAUUGAAACACCUUGAAUUUCUCCAAACAGAAACAAACGAGUGAUGAAACUCUCUCAGUAAAUGGCCAUUUAGUUCUCUCCCUGCUUGAAGACUUUCAGGCAAAUAUCUCACUAUUUGUUAGGGGUAAAGUGUUUUUUUCCCCACCAACUGUAUUUUUCUUGUACUGUCCUGAGCGUUAAUGUUUAAGUAUUCAAACUAGCAUAGUGAUGAAAAUGAUCUGUUAGAUAAAUAUUGACAUGAUUGACGUGUCACAAUUGUUGUCUCUUGCUAGGCACAUGAGGUGUUGUCAUGGUUGGGGGCAAUUGUAACUCGGUGUUAAAAUGAACAUGAUCCAAACAACCAAAUGAUGGAGAAAAAAAAAGUGAUUUAACUUUAGGAUUUUAAAAAUGAUUAGAAACUAACAUUAAAUAGCCUUGGUGUAGAGUGGUAAAUAUGUUGUAAACAGAUAUCAUUUGGGCACAAUCAGACUAUUCAGAUGUUAUGAGAGGAACCGAAUGGCCAUCCACAAAUAGGGGUGUUACUGAAGUAACACAGGCAUAGGGAAGAUGACAGCGCUAGAUCUGGCCAGGAGAGGUGCCAGGGUCAUCCUGGCCUGCCGCAACAAACAGAGAGCGGAGGCCGCGCUCGCUGACAUCAAGAGGGAGAGUGGGAGCAAUGAGGUGGUGUUCAUGCAUCUGGAUCUGGGCAGUCUGAAGUCUGUUCGCUCCUUUGCUGAAACCUUCCUAAAGACUGAGCGCAGAUUGGACCUGCUCAUCAACAAUGCAGGUAUUUACAUGCAGGGCAGCACAGAAGACGGCUUGGGGAUGAUGUUUGGUGUCAACUACAUCGGUCACUUCCUGUUGACCAACCUGCUUCUGGACCGUCUGAAGGAGUGUGGUCCGAGUCGAGUGGUCAACGUGGCGUCCUUGGGCCAUAAUUUUGGCAAAAUUGAUUUCAACUGCUUGAGCACUCACAAGGAGUUAGGUGUUGGCAAGUCUGCCACGGAUGUCUUUAACAUAUAUUGCAACAGCAAGCUGUGUAACGUUGUCUUCACCCAUGAGCUGGCCAAGAGACUGAAGGACACAAACGUUACCUGCUACAGCCUCCACCCUGGUAUAAUCGAAACUGAGCUGGGCCGUUACGCCAACUCUGUAUUUUUAAUGCUGUUGAAGCCCAUCUCCAUGUUGUUCUUCAAGAACUCUGUGGCGGGGUCUCAGACCACCCUGCACUGUGCCCUGCAGGAGGGCCUGGAGCCCCUCUCUGGACGCUACUUCUCUAACUGUACAGUGAGGAACCUCUAUCCUAAGGCCAGAGAUGACGCGGUGGCCAAGAAGCUAUGGGAAGUCAGUGAGAGUCUGUGUGGACUCCUGUGAAAGCCUCCCCAUGUGACUCAAGCUCUCCUCAGUGUGCAAGAUGAUUUUUGACAUUUGAGUGGACUUGCCCUUUAAAUCAAUCAACAGUGUCAAAGAAAUUCUAAAAGUGCUUACUGCGUGUGAUUAGUAUAUAGGACUUCUUCAACUUCUUAAGUUCUUACCAUAGGUUACUUAGGGUGUUCCACUCUGCCCUAGUAGAUAUAUCUGGAACAUAAUUAAACGACCCACCCAAAACUGUGCAUGUUGGAAUCAAUUCAAUCAUGAAGUUGCAAACAGGAUGAAGAAGCAUAGGCCUACUGGGCAAUUCAAGAUUUAUGGAAAUAAAGUAUGUGUGCCUCAA